GGUGCAUGCAAAUAAAGGGCGGGGCGCAGGAAGCAAAGACGGGCUGGUCUCCAGCCUAGGAAAGCCGCUCGCGGUGCUGGGCGGCCGGGCAGCCUGGGUUGCCCGCUUAGCGCUCAGGCGACUGGGCGGCGAAUGGAGCAGGAGCGCGCAGGUGCCUCAGCAUCUCCCCAUGGGGCGGCUUCACUCUGACCUCCUGUUCCCUGUGACCGGCCUGAUUCUGGCGUGGGCAGCAGGCUGUGGGAGCCUGAAGGUCCUGCAGAAGCCCACCUGCUCGUCAGAUUUCCUCAGCCUCUCCACCUGCGAAUGGCGGCUGGACCGGCUCCUGAACUGCAGCGCAGCUCUCCGCCUGUCCUACCAGCUCCUGUUCAACCCAGACCCCGAGGAAGAAAGCCACACCUGUGUCCCCGAGAACAGUGCUGAUGCGGUGUGCGUGUGUCACAUGGAUAUGCAAAACCUGGUCACUACGGACAUGUAUCAGCUGGACCUGUGGGCCGGGACGCAGCUGCUGUGGAGCCACAACUUCACACCCAGCCAGCAUGUGAAACUCAGGGCCCCGGUGAACCUCACGGUCAGCACCAACGUCUCCACUGGGUGGCUGCUGUCGUGGAGCAGCCUGUACCCACCCUGGAACUACCUGCACUCCAGGCUCACCCACCAGGUCAAAGUCUCCAGUGAGAGCAAGCCAGAGCACGUCAAAAUCUACAACCUGACCUACAAGGAAACCACCUUUCACCUCGAAGCCCGAGACCUGAUGUCCGGGGUUUCCUAUGUCGCGCGGGUGAGGGCCCUGGCUCAGCUGGAUGGCAGCAUCUGGAGUGAGUGGAGCCCUGGCACCAAGUGGAACAACUACUACGAGCAGCCCCUGGAGCAGCGCCUCAAGCUGGGCGUCAUCAUCUCCUGCUUCCUCAUCGCGCUCAUCUGCCUGUCCUGCUACUGCAGCAUCACCAAGAUCAAGAAAGAGUGGUGGGACCAGAUUCCCAACCCAGCCUGCAGCCCAGUGGUGGCCAUUGUCAUUCAGGACCCCCAGGUGAGACAGCCAGGGGGCCCAAGGAAGGUGUCUCCAUGGGAGAAGCGGCCCCAGGGCCAGGAGCCCAGGAAAUGCCCACACUGGAAGACAUGUCUGACGAAGCUCCUGCCCUGUUUGCUAGAGCACAGCGUGAAAAAGGAUGAAGAUCUCCCAAAGGCUGCCAGAAACAGGCCUUUCCACAGCCCCGGGAAAUCUGUGUGGUGCCCCGUGGAGGUCAGCAGGACGGUCCUCUUGCCAGAGACCAUCAGUGUGGUGCGGUGUGUGGAGUUGUUUGAGGCCCCAGCAGAAGUAAAAAAGGAAGAAGAGGAGGAGGAGGAGGAAGAGGAGGACAGAGGGCACAAAGAGGACUUCUGCACAUCCCUGGAGGGCAGUGAGGGUGGUUUCCCAGAUGGCAGGGAGAGGAUUGCGGCCCAGCUGGCAGAGAGCAUGAUCCUGGGCCUGCUGGGGGCCGAGGAAGGGGAUAUUUGCCAGCCAAACCCAGGGGGGCCCUGCCUUCCGCUGCCCCCCGGAUGCACGAGUGCUCAGACACCCUGGGCCUUGCUCCCCAGCCCGGGGGCUCUGGGGGCAGCUUGCUGGGACAAGGAGCAGCCUCUGCACACUGGGCCCUCACCUCAGGCCAGUGCGGCCCAGGGCCUGGCCUGCACCGAGGUGCCCCCGGUCUUCGAGGACAGUCCCACCUACCGCAGCUUCAGCCACUUUCAGAGCCAGGCCCAGAGCUCCGGAGAGCUGGCCCCAGACCCCCCUCAGACUGAAUGCCUGAAGGAAGGGGACCCCACAAGUCCUGGCACACCCAAGCCCUCAGAGCCACAAACCUGGGAGCAAAUCCUCCGCCAGAGUGUCCUCCAGCAUGGGGCCAACCUGGCCCCCGCUGUCACCUCCUGUAGUGGCUACCGGGAAUUUGUGCAGGCGGUGAGGCAGGGUGGCCCCCAAGACAGCACCGGGGCCCCUGGUCCCUCAGGAGAAGCUGGACACAAGGCCUCCUCCAGCCUGCUUACUGACAGUACCGCCUGGGCUGGGAUGGCAGGGCCUGGGGGCGGCAGUGGGGACGGGGGCUACAAACCCUUCCACAACCUCACUGCCAGCUGCACUGGGGACCCGGCCCCUGUCCCCGUGCCCUUCUUCACCUUUGGCCUGGAUGUGGAGCCACCUCUCGGCCCCCAGAGUCCACUCCUCCCAGGCUCCUCCCCAGAGGGCCUUAGUCUGGAGCCAAAGGUCAGAGAGGAGUAUAAGCAGAAGCCCCUACUGCCCCCACAGGAGGCUGCUGACCCUCUCAGGGACGACCUGGCCAGUGGCAUUGUCUACUCUGCCCUCACCUGCCACCUGUGUGGCCACUUGAAGCAGUGUCAUGGCCAAGAGGAGGCUGGUCAGGCCCACACUGUGGCCAGCCCCUGCUGUGGCUGCUGUUGUGGGGACCUGUCCUCACCCCCAGGGCCACCCCUCGGGCCCUUGGAGCCCACGCCAGCUGAACCUCUGCUGGAAGCCAACCUCGGUCCAGACUCCUUGGCACCCAUGGGCAUCUCGGAGGAGAAGACCUUCCUGUCCUUCCAUCUUGCCCCCAGCAAUGCUCAGAGCUCAAGCCAGGCCCCCAAAGUGGUGGGCCUCGUCCCCCGAGGGUCGCCGAGCAUGAGAGAGUCCGGGUAUGGGCCUUCUUGUUGCUGAGUCUGCCAGAGGGCUCUGGUCCUGUCUGUGCCAAGGAAGUACCUCCUUUAGGGGGCAGCCAGGCAGCGGAUUUCUCAAAGCCUGUGAAACAAUCUCAUGACCUUGGCCUAACACCAGACCUGGGCACGCCCAUCCUGCAGGAGCAGAGGGUUCCAGGCAGCUGUGUCCCACCGGAGCACCUACAGGGAUUGGGAGGUCCCUCAACAGCCCAGCUUACAAAUGAGUUGCUGUCUGCCUCACCCACAGUGUCUGCAGCAGACUGUCCCUGUCUGACCUGCUCAGGGCACAUUUUGUCCAUGUGGUCACUUGUUUGCCUCUCCCCAUCUCACUGAAUGGAGCCCAGGAACUAGUGGCCAACAAGGGGUGACUUGGGAGGCCUUGGAAGUGGGUAGAAGUCGGGGUCUCAGAGGAUGUUCAGGGUGCAGAGGCACCCACUUACUUUGCACAGUAAUCUUGGGACAGUGCUGGAGGCAGAAGGAUGAAACCAUUGUGAUUCCCAAAGCAGUAAUGGUUGCUUCCGGGUACCUGCACACAACUCUGGUUGGGGCUCCCUCGAAGGCCUCUAAAUACACAGCUCCCUGUGACUGUCUCAGUAGACACUGCUGUUGACAGCCAUGGAGAGAGAGCAGACGCAGGUGUCCUGCAGUCCAGCUGGGGCUAGGCAGUCUCUGCCUUAGACCCCAGGCACUAUGUACCAGCACCCAGGCCACAGGUGCUGGGAAAGGUGGGCCCGGCAGAGAGCUGCCUGUGUGCACCCCAGGACGGUGGCAUCACCUGCCUAUUUGCUGGGGAGGGUGGAACAGGACUGGGUUGGAGUUUUGUAUAAAUAAAGUUUCUUUGUCUCUUUA